GGACAGUACUCUAGUUCAUCAUCUACCUUCCGUCUCGCCGUGGUUUGGAUAGGGUUCGUUUUUCAGUGCAGGGUUUUAGCGGGGUUUAUCUCUCCCCCUCAAUCUCCAUUCAAUUUUUUUGUUGCUCAUCCGAGACGAGGAGGCUAGCAACUGCUGUAGUGGGCAACCUUAGCCCAGUGUCAUCUCAUUUUUGAAGCAUAUUUCACGAGUCCAGGACAUGGGUUUCAGGGCUUGACAUUGAAUUUACUUUGUGUUGUCGAUCCUGUUAAGAGAUUGAGCAUGCUCAUUAGUUGAGAUCAUGUUUUGAAGUUUGUUCUACCCUGCGACUGCAUCACAGGAUUCUGCUUAAGUGAGCAGCGUUCGAAAUGUCGGCUCUUCAUUCAGCUAGCGGUAUGCAAUGCUUGAGGUGGACAGCCAAACUCGACCAGAGCUUUGCUAAAAGUCGAACCGUUUCUACGACUCCUACUCCCAAGGCAACUUCCGCUUCGAAGCCAUGGGUAGUUCCUCGUAAUUUGUCGAGAGGCUACUCCAUAGAUGGUAGCAGACCGUCUCCACGCUUUGUUAGCAGCGAUGAAAGCGGUGCCCGGUGUAGGCGCCGAGUACCAGCUAGGACUGCGACUGUUUCCAAGUUCUAUCCGGUCAAUGUUUAUUCAAGUACAACAACCAGCGGAAUGCGGAUUUCGAGGCCAACUCGUCAUUCUCGGCAGCUAAGACGAGACACACGAAUUCGCGGGUCGGAGGAUGACUUUGAGGUUGAAGAUGCGGUGGACUACGAAAUGGACGGCACGGGUGAGGACGAUGAGGAUGACGGUGAUUCAAGGGACUUUGACACCGAGUAUGACAUGCCUAUGGGAGACUACGUCGUACAAGAAAGUGAAACGUUUAUGUCUACUGAAGGUGUGGAGGAGGAGAGAGUAGUAGAUUACAAAAUUGAUGAAGACGAAUUCCAUAAACUCAGCUUGUAUGACUGUGAUUUCUUCAUCAGGAAAGUACCAGAUCAAGAUAACGACGUUUUUGAUUUUAGAGAGAUGUAUGUCACUGCCCCAGAUACGGACACGUACGCAAUUCCAAAGGUUAUCGGGGAAAUGCCAAAGAAGCCUCUUCGAUGCAUGAAGAGCAAUUACGAAUAUAUUUCCGUGACAGAACCCCCAAUCGACACACCGCGUGCGCCGUUUUCAAAAACUGAGUAUCAGGCUAUGAAGGUCUUCUUGAUAAAGCACUAUCGAAAUCUUCGGGAAGACCAUGAGGACUUUGUUUUGGAUCUCGAAAAUAUUUAUGUCAUCGAUUCUACUACGAAAUCAAUCACAAAAGCUGAUGUCAAGGUGGAGGUUAGAAGAGGUAAAUAUCGGGAUCGCACCGAAGAGACCUUGAUUGUUCGAGAUGACGGAACUUCAUUCAAGAUUAUCCCAACGGAGGAAGCUCACACCCCGGAUGAGGUCAUCCAGGCGCAGCAGUGGGAUACUACAAAGGAGAGCAUGGACAACUAUCUCCGAGGUUUCCGUGAUUACGACAAAUCGAAAUGGUUCUAAUGUUCUCAGCGAUGUCGUACUUUUGCUCAUGAGAGUUCCCUGAAUCCCCAUAGAUGACUGUAGACGAUCAGUGACCUCUUUGGGAUAACCACCUAUAUAUUUUGAAUCCAAACAUGUUUAGCUGGACUCACAAGUCACGUGAUUUACUGAAAGCACCUUCCUCUUGCAGCCUCUGACGGCUUGCAAAUUGAAUACAACCUGGGAAGAGCAUUUGCUCUUCAGUAAGAGGAGAGAGUUCUGUCAUGGUCUUACUUCGAGAUAUAGAGGUCAAGAGGCCCCUGAAUGUUGCAAAUUGCACAUACGCAUAUUCAUAUGCCUCGACACAGGCCCUAGGAACUCCACAAAUGAUCACGAUGUGGGUCUUUCAUAAGCUAGUCGCCUGCUGUUUCAGAAGGGGUUGUUCAUGCACAGGUUCUUGACAUCAGUGUGUUCCACUUAUGUCCGAAUUGGGACGGAUUAUGCCCUGAGAAAAAGAAAACUGAACUCAAUUCUUCCUA